CAGCCACUGGACAAAAUUUCAUCAGAACAGCAGCUGGCAGAAACAUGUAUCUACCCAUCAUUCCUCUUUGCAGCCUUUUCCUGAUCUUAAACUUGCAGCUGUGCAGCACGAAUCCCAUCCACUCUGGCCUGACUGACACUGACGUGAACGUCCUUAAGGUGCUUCUUCACAGACUGGCUGAGUCAUUAUCAGAGAAUAGAUUGGUGGACCAGGAUGUCCUAUCGGAAACGGAGAGUCUCGAUGGCAUGGGUGAUACAGAAGAUGAAAAACAGCCACCCAAUGGGCUGGAUGAGGCAGAAAUCAGAGAAUUUUUCUCAGCAAAGAACCUAAAGAGCCUCCGAAAUGACUCCACCAGGAGAUCUUCUGGCUGCUUUGGGCGACGGAUGGAUAGAAUAGGCUCAAUGAGCUCUUUGGGCUGCAACACAAUUGGCAGAUUCAAUGAAAAGUAAAGAUGAAGUCUUACCAUCCCAAAUGCUAGAACUGCGAUGUCUGUACCUACACCUAUUUUAAAUUAUGUCCUAUUUAUUUAUGACUGUUUAUUUGUUGUUACGACUUUCAAGAACACAUAUUUCAAAUAAAAUUGUUAGUGAU